CCGUCCCAGCACCACAGAUCUGAGCACCACAGAGCCAUGAAGCUGUUCGUCUUUGCUACACUGGUGGCUGCGGUUACGGCUGCUCCGCAAGACUACAACGCUAAUCAGUUUGUGAGGUCUGGUCUGCCCGAGAUCCGCAUUCUCAGCCAGAGGUUCGAUCAGGACCCCAACACUGGAAACUACGAGUACAGCUACGAACAGGACAACGGACAGGCGGUGGCUGAGACAGGUCAGGUGUACCCUGGACCUCAGCCAGAGACAGGCAGCCUCACCCAGCAGGGCAACUACCAGUUCGUGGGCGAUGACGGCAACACCUACCAGGUCAGCUACGUGGCCGACGAGGGAGGCUACCAGCCGCAGGGCGCCCACCUGCCGGUGGCGCCCGCGCAGAUCCCGGAGUAUGAACAGCUGAGGAUUGAACACCCCGAGCUGUUCUGGGCAGAGCAGCAGCAAUACGUCUAGGAAUAUCAGUCGUUUAGGCCGCACUGUGAUAUCGUCAUCAACCCAGAUUAACGUUUGUAGGUGGAGCGCACCA